AGUCCACUAUUAGUAACACAUUUUCGUUUUUUGAAACAAACUGUAUGGAGAUCGAAUGUUUAAUCGAUGAGAAAAUUAGCAGAAUAUCUGCCAAAAUCCAUCUCGCUCCAUUUUCUCCUACUACUAGCCACUGGCCUUGCUCUCCUCACCAUAUUUGGUGGUGAGUGGGAACGCCAACUGGAUGCUUCAUAUUUAUACAUCCGGUGAAACAUCUAGGAGGGGUGCUAAUCAUUGAGUUAUAGAUGGGAUGUUUCCAUCAUGGCGGCAUCCAUUUCGGGAUAUACUUUUAGUUCUGUGUGUUAUCACAGCGCUAACAGCAACUCUGAUCAUGAGGGAUUCCUUUUAGGAGAAGUUAGGCAUGAAGAAACUGUCAGCAUCAGUGAUACACAGAUCAGUAGUUCUGAACUACUCCAAGUAGUAGAAGUCCACAAUCAUGAACCUUGUGCACAGCUAUUUAGCUUUUAUGAUUAUGCUGGACAAGUCAAUGAAGAGAGUCUUAACAGAAUUCUUAAAGACAGACGGAAAAAUGUCAUCGGCUGGUACAGGUUCCGGAGGAACACGCAGCAGCAGAUGUCGUUCAGGGAACAGAUCAUCCAUAAGCAGCUGACCCAGCUGCUAGGAGUGCCUGACCUAGUCUUCCUCCUCUUUAGCUUCAUCUCCACAGCCAACAACUCCACACACGCCCUGGAGUAUGUGCUGUUCAGACCCAACCGGAGGUACAACCAGAGGGUGACACUCAGCAUCCCAAACCUGGGCAACACCAGCCAGCAGGAAUACAAGGUCUCCUCUGUCCCCAACACCUCACUCAACUACGCCAAGGUCAUCAAAGAGCAUGGGGCUGAAUUUUUUGACAAAGAUGGUGUGAUGAAGGAUAUCAGAACAAUUUUUCAAGUCUACGGUGCACUACAAGAUAAAGUGCAAUCUGUAUGUGGAGAGGUUGAGCAGAGUGAACGUGUGAAAGAGAAAGUCCAGGAGGAGGUGAACAAACUCAAACAGCAAAUUGUUCUCAGGAAACGAAAAACUACAGAUGAAGAGAGAAGACUCCAGGAAGCGCAGAACCCUGAGCCACGUCUCACUCCUGAGGAGAACACAGAGCCCCCGGAGACCUCCCUCCUGUCCAGAGUGGCCUUCCACACUCCAUCCACCCCCGAGCGGCCAGGUCCCUCCGCAAACCCUCCUGCCUACGCAGACCUCCUCUCCUUGCAGAAUGACUCACUUCUCCCCUUCUCAUCCUCCCCUACCAGUGCUGCGCUGCUCCCCCGGCCCCAGGCUGUGGGCUCCCCAGGUCACCCUUCUCCCAGCCCAUUAGGUCUGGGCCUCAGUGCUGGCCCCAACCCUGCUCCUAGCCCUGGUACACCAUACCUGGGAAACGGGGAUGGAUCCAGCUCUGACUCCCUGGACAGACAGGCCGCAGGGCAAGAGGAUGAUGACGAGGAGGAAGAUGAUGAUGAUGAUGAGGACGGCAGCGAGUACGAGAACCUUGUGAGCGAGGUGGGGCAGUUGCCCCCAGUUUCCGCCAGUGUGUUGCUGCAGGGCCGCCCAGCCGCCCUCAGUCCGGACGGCGACGCCUCAGUCCGUGGUUCACAGACCUAGUAGAUGGGGCUGAGGGGGGGGGGGGGCUCAAUUAACUGACGCACCGAGAUAGGAGGGCGUCCAAACCAAUCAAAGAUAAUGAUUCUAUAUUACAGAGGAAGUGCCAGCCCUGAAAAUAAAAGGCAUGCGGAGGUGGGGUAUUCUGCUGUGUAUAUCUGUUUGUCUUAGUUUUAUCUCUCUUCUGGGGGGGAAUGUCAAGCUUCAUGGGGUUUUACUUUUCUGUCUAGCAUGGAAAAGAUAGUCCGUUGGAGCCUGGCUCUCUUCAGUGGAUGUGUUUUGAUUUAGGGACGGAGGACGUUAUAAUGGAAUAAACGCCAACCGGUUUGUCCGACCUCUC